UGUUGACAGUCAGCUGACAUUCCAGAUACCGCUAUCCACGGUGUCAAGUUCGUGUUGUUUUUUUUCGCAAUCUCAAUACACUAUCAAAUGCGACCCAUUGAUGCAUGUACAACAAUACCCAUCAUCUAUCUUGAACAGAAGGAGAAACCGAUGAUAGCAGAAGACGAACGACGAAAGGAUUUGCUACACGUCAACAGUUCAGCGUCGGAAGAGAACAAGUGCAGUGACUCAAUAGUAGGUGUCGAUUACAUCAAAGUCCAGCGCCCAGUGUGUCCCCGAAGGAGAGAGCAUAGAACAUAGGUGCGCACAAAACCUGUUUGGUGUCUAGAAGAACAGGGAUACUAAGAGAUUCGCGAACCCGACAGAACCAAGUUCGGGUGGUGCCAGUCGGUAUAUAAAGCAUUCCGUCGUCAGUGAAAGUUUUCUCAGUGUCGAACCAAGACCGCAACGGAACGUACGGAGUACGCGCGCGCGACUUGGAAUACGGUUCAGGACUCGUAUUGCUGCCUUGAAGAGAACAAUCCGCCUUCGACGACAACCCCCGAAAGAGUGCGUGUGGCUGGCGACGGCGAGAGAAGAAACCUGAAACAACAAACCCAAAUCACAGUCGAUUGCUGCUGCCAGGUGAGAGGAGGUGGUCGACCACGAAGAAGUACGUGUGCGGAAAAACUGGUACCACUGACUCUGUUGGCGACUAGCAGCUAGCUGGUUGGACAAGUCCAAGCCGAGUGCGCGCGCGAGAGAAGGCUGCAAGCGUGGCUCCGAAAACUCCGCGCAAAGUCAUAAAGUGACGAUCCGUGCCAGACGGCUCAUUCGGUUGUGUUCCGUGUUCGCGAGAGGUUCAUCGUCGUUUUGCCUCGUUGGACUUGCGUUUUCCUUUCCCUCUAAGAAGACUUAGUACAUAGAUUAGUGCCGUAUCGGUUUGAGCAGCUCGUAUCGUGACAGUGUGUGCUUAAGUAAUAAACAUAGACAAUUGCCAGCGUGUGUUUUGCUUCGCUUUUUUUCUAUUGAAAGCGAGCACCUGAAGAAACGGAGAACGGACAAACACAGUUGUGUGUAAUCAACCGAUAAAAUGUGUGGUAUUUUUGCGUACUUGAAUUAUCUGACGCCAAAGUCGAGGCGCGAAGUUUUGGACCUGCUGUUGACGGGUCUGAAGCGUUUGGAAUACCGUGGCUACGACUCGGCUGGUGUUGCAGUAGACAGUCCGGAUCAGUCGGGGAUCGUCACCUUCAAGCGCACUGGAAAGGUGAAGGUCUUAGAGGAGUCCAUUAUCGACGCAACGAAGGACGGCAGUUUUAACGACAACAUUGAAUCACAUGUGGGUAUAGCGCAUACCCGUUGGGCAACUCACGGUGCCCCCAGUGCCGUGAACUCGCAUCCACAGCGUUCGGAUGAAACGAACUCGUUCGUGGUGGUUCACAACGGUAUUGUGACCAACUACAAGGACAUUAAGAAGUUCCUGGAGCUCCGUGGAUACGUAUUCGAAUCGGAUACGGAUACUGAAACCAUUGCCAAGCUGGUGCAUCACUUGUACGUCCAGCAUCCAAACUACUCGUUCAGAGAACUGGUUGAACAGGUUGUGCAACAGAUUGAAGGCGCCUUUGCUUUGGCCUUCAAAUCGAAGCACUUCCCAGGAGAAUGUGUUGUCACUCGUCGGGGCUCGCCACUUUUGGUUGGCAUCAAAGCGAAAACCUGCUUGGCCACAAACCAUGUCCCAAUCCUGUACGGCAAGGGACACCGUCAUGGAUCAACGGGCAACAUCCAGUUUGAACCGACUGCGGAUAAUACCUCGGACUUCAUCAACCCGGGCGAGGAAGUUGAAUACUUCUUUGCUUCGGACGCUUCGGCUGUUAUUGAACAUACCAACCGGGUUAUCUACUUGGAGGAUGAUGAUGUGGCUGCAGUUAAGGAUGGUGCUUUGUGUAUUCAUCGUUUGAAGAAGAGUUUGGAUGACCCACAUGCUCGUGAAAUCACAACAUUGAAGAUGGAAAUUCAGCAGAUCAUGAAGGGCAACUACCGCUACUUCAUGCAGAAGGAAAUUUUCGAACAGCCAGAAUCCGUAAUCAACACUAUGCGUGGACGUGUCAACUUCGAAUCAAUGAAAGUCACUCUCGGUGGAAUCAAGGACUACAUUCCAGAGAUUAAACGAUGCAGACGGUUGAUGCUGAUUGCUUGUGGAACUUCAUAUCACAGUGCCGUUGCUACCCGUCAGCUGUUGGAGGAACUGACUGAGCUUCCUGUGAUGGUUGAACUUGCUUCGGAUUUCUUGGAUCGUAACACACCUAUCUACCGUGACGAUGUUUGCUUCUUCAUCUCGCAAUCGGGAGAAACGGCUGAUACCUUGAUGGCACUGCGGUACUGCAAACAGCGAGGAGCUUUGAUCGUCGGAAUCACCAACACAGUAGGAAGUUCUAUCUGUCGUGAAUCACACUGCGGAGUGCACGUUAACGCUGGACCUGAAAUCGGUGUCGCUUCGACGAAAGCCUACACAUCGCAGUUCAUUUCGUUGGUCAUGUUCGCCUUGGUGAUGAGCGAGGACAGGCUAUCCCUUCAAGGACGACGAGAGGAGAUCAUCGAAGGACUUCGCCAAUUAGAUACGCACAUCAAACAAGUACUGAAACUGGACCAAAAGGUUCUGGAAAUCGCACAAGAUCUCUAUCAGCAGAAAUCGCUGCUUAUCAUGGGCCGUGGCUACAACUUUGCCACCUGUAUGGAGGGAGCUCUUAAAGUCAAGGAAUUGACGUAUAUGCACAGUGAAGGCAUCAUGGCCGGAGAACUGAAACAUGGACCACUAGCCCUCGUCGACGACACCAUGCCGAUUGUGAUGAUCAUCAUGAGGGAUCCCGUGUACGUCAAGUGCAUUAACGCCCUGCAGCAAGUCACUGCCCGCGAAGGACGACCAAUUAUCAUCUGUGAGGAAGGAGACUCGGAAACAAUGUCCCUGGGAUCCAAAUCCCUGGAGAUCCCACGCACCGUAGACUGUCUGCAAGGCAUCCUCACCGUCAUUCCCAUGCAACUGCUGUCCUACCACAUUGCAGUGCUACGAGGAUGCAACGUCGAUUGUCCUCGAAAUCUGGCCAAAUCCGUCACGGUGGAGUAAGCCGAAUCCCUUGGCAGAAAAAAUCCACAUUCUUACACGUCUACCAUGUACUUGUAGCAGUAUCAAUAUGCUUUUAUUUUUCUUAGAAGAUUAUGAAGGCGGUGAGUUGGUAGAGUUCUCACGUUUCUAACCGCGACAGAUUAGUUGACACAUUGUAAGACAAACAUUAAAAUGAUAAGUUUGGACGGAGCAGACGGGAACCGCAAGGGACGAUAGUGAUAUGGAAACAUCCACGUCUGCAAGGUGCAGUUGUUAUCUUGUCAGAGAAUCGCCAACCGAAAACGGACUUUGCAGAUGAUGCGAGCCCAUAGUACGUACCGAACAAGUGCAAUACCACUACCGAGAUGAAUCACACGCGAAAAGCCACUUAUCAACAGGGAAUUUCUCUCCCCUAUCUUGUCUACACAACGGCCGAACAACUUCCUGAGGGCGGCGUAAUCAGCAACCUAUACACACGGACGAACGGCUUAUGGAUGGAUGAAAAAGUGAACCUAAUUGAUGAUUGUAAUCGUGAAAAAUUGAUAGCAAAUGACACGAACACGCGAAAUCGAAUGACGAUCAUUACUUCCCGCUGCCAAUCGUGAUUGUGUAUGUAUUUGAUAAUCGAAUUCGAGAUAAAAAAAAAUGUUUAUUGUUUACUCUAGAAAAGGGACAUCUCAAAACCUCUUGAAAGUUGAGUCAAGUUUAUUUUUGUAACACCCCGAAAAAGUUCUGUUUUAUUAUUGUAUGUAUGUAAUUUGAACAAUAAAGUAUUAGUGCAUA